GUGCCGCGUAAAGUUCGACUUGAAUUGUUGUUUAUAAGUUGGAAAAAAAUCGAUUUACCCAUUUGUGGUAAUGUUUUAGUGUCUCGCAUCGGGUCAGUGUGGUGCUUCGCCCCCGAACAUGUACGCGUCUUACAGUGAAAUCCUCCUCGCCGUGUGUAUCCUAAUACUGCCCUUUUUGUACGAAUCUAGUCAUGUAUUCAGAUACCACCUAAAAUUCAUGCUUUACUACACAUUCGUGAUGAUAAAUUCCGUAUUCCUCAUCCCUGUGUUUGUAUUCAAGGCGAAAAACGUGCGAAACUUGCUCACGGCGUCGGCUAUCUGCCACCACAUUUCCACCCUUCUGGGGCUCAGAUGGAUUAUACGGGGGCGAGAGCACUUGGAGAAGGACCAGUCGUGUAUUAUCGUCGCCAAUCAUCAAAGUUCGAUAGAUAUUUUAGGGAUGUUCGAUGUGUGGCCGGUCAUGGAUAAGUGCACAGUUAUUGCGAAAAAGGAGCUUUUUUAUGCAUGGCCUUUUGGACUAGCUGCGUGGCUUUGUGGGUUGAUUUUUAUACCGAGAAUGAACAGUGAUAAGGCCAGGGUGUUAAUGAAUGACGCUGCAGAAGAGAUUAAGAAAGAUAAGAUCAAAUUAUGGGUAUUUCCUGAAGGCACACGUCGCAACACUGGUCAAAUACACCCGUUCAAAAAAGGGGCUUUUCACAUAGCAAUCUCGUCGAAAUUGCCGAUUUUACCGGUGGUUUUCAGUCAGUAUUAUUUCCUAGAUAAGGAAAAUAAAAGAUUCGAUCAUGGUAAAGUAAUUAUUACGGCAUUGCCGCCAAUUCCAACCGAAAAUUUAACACAUGACGAUUUAGAAGACCUCAUGGAACGAACACGAAACGUGAUGUCCACAGCAUUCCAUGAAGUUAAUAAAGAGUUGAAAGAGUCUCUCAUCAAGUUAUGGGUAUUUCCUGAAGGUACACGCCGCAACACCGGUCAAAUACACUCAUUCAAAAAAGGGGCUUUUCACACAGCAAUUUCGUCGAAAGUGCCGAUUUUACCGGUGGUUUUCAGUCAGUAUUAUUUCUUAGAUUCGAAAAAUAAAAGAUUCGAUCAUGGUAAAGUAAUUAUUACGGCAUUGCCGCCAAUUCCAACCGAAAAUUUAACACAUGACGAUUUAGAAGACCUCAUGGAACGAACACGAAACGUGAUGUCCACAGCAUUCCAUGAAGUUAAUAAAGAGUUGAAAGAGUCUCUCGUAAGACCGUUUUCUAGUCAAUAAUAAACCAAAAAUACCAAUU